UUACUGUUAUUCUUUAUGCGUCACUUAUUUUCGCGAUCUGGAACUAUGACGAUUCGAAUCCAGACCAGUUUUAUCCCUACAGAUAUAGUAAUGUCCUGACUAAUGUUCUGGUUUCCGUUUUUAUAAUAACAUUAAAUGCAAAGAUUAUGAAAUACAUCUUAGGAUUAACAAUAAAUGGAUACAUCACUGAUAAUUGGAAUGGUUGUGCUAGCAACUAUUGCUGGAGGUUACAUUGCAGCCUCAAUCAUUCUGCUGAGGUUUCCAAAUAUUCUUCACAAGAAGAAAAAACUACGCUUCAAACCAGUACAUAUCAGUCACAGGGGAGGGGCUGGGGAAAACUGUGAGAAUACAUUGACAUCAUUCAGACAUGCUGUCAGCAAGCGGACAGAGAUGCUUGAGCUGGAUGUCCAUCUGACCAGAGACGGGGAGGUUGUAGUGUCACAUGACGGUCAUCUCCUAGCAAAAUGUGGCAUAGAUGCGGAUAUAGCAUCUCUUGAUUUUAAGGAUUUACCGUGCUACAAGCCAGAGAUGAAAGUGGAUUUUAAGCCAGGAUUUACACUUCAUUGCGGUGAAGAUCGUCGUAUACCAACUCUACGAGAAGUUUUCAGUACAUUUCCAAACUCGCCAAUAAACAUAGAUUUAAAAGUGUACAAUGAAGAGCUGAUAAGAAAGGUUCACCAGUUAAUGAAGGAGUACGGAAGAGAGGAUCUCACAAUAUGGGGUGCCCGUUCCAACCAGACCACCAUAGCUUUGUAUAAACUGGACCCCAGUAUACCAGUGUUUUUCUCGUUCACUCGAGUGCUGGCGUUGGUUAUAUGUUUCUACACAGGUCUCUUGCCGUUCAUUCCAAUAAAGGAGUCAGCACUCGAGAUCAUUAUGCCCAGCAUUGCACUGCGGAAAGGAAGUUUCCCAGUUGAAUUAUCAUGGAAGAUUAGAACUUUACUCAGAGUGUUUGAUAUGUUAAUGAUGCGACCAGCUCUGUUUAAACAUCUGGAGAGGAGAGGUAUACAGACAUACUUAUGGGUGCUUAAUGAAGAGGAGGAUUUUUCCCGGGCUUUCAAGCUGGGUGCAACCGGCGUGAUGACAGAUUUUCCCACAAAGUUGACUAACUUUCUGGAACAACACCCUCAGUACUGGCCACAGAUUGAUGGCCGGAAUGCAGGAAACCAGGAUAGUCAGCCAUUGAACUCCACUGAAGAUGGUUGAUGGUUUUUAUAACAUGAAUUUUUAAAGUUACGUAAUUUGUACUUAGCUGUUGUUAUUUUUGUGUUUUUUUUUAGCUCACCUGAUUGCUCAGGUGAGCUUUUGUGACCGGUCUUUGUCCAUCGUAUGUCCGUCCGUUAACAUUUGCUGGUAAACACUCUAGAGGCCACAUUUCUUGCCCAUCUUCAUGAAACUUGGUCAGAAGAUUUGUCCCAAUGAAAUCUCGGCCAAGUUUGAAACUGCGUCGUGCCGGGUCAAAAACUAGGUCACUAGGUCAAAAAAAAGAAAAACCUUGUAAAUACUGUAGAAGUCAUAUUUCUUGUCCAAUCUUCAUGUAACUUUGUCAAAAUGUUUGUUAUAAUGAUAUCUUGGUUGAGUUCAAAAGUGGUUCCGAUCUUUUGAAAAACAUGGCCGCCAGUGGGCGGGGCAGUUUUCCUUAUUUGUCUAUAGAGAAACCUUGUAAACACUCUAGAAGUCACAAUUUUUGCCCAAUCAUCAUGAAAGUUGGUCAAAACAUUGGUUCAAUUGAUGUUUGGAUGAGUUCGAAAAUGGUCGAGAUCGGUGAAAAAACAUGGGCGCCAGUGGGCGGGGCAUUUUUCUCUAUAUGUAUAUAGUGGCAGUUUUCCCUAUUUGGCUAUAGAGAAACCUUGUAAACACUCUAGAAGUAACAAUUUUUCCCCAAUCAUCAUGAAAGUUGCUAAAAAAAUUGGUUUUAUUGAUAUCUCGGACGAGUUUGAAAAUGGUCGGGAUCGGUAAAAAAACAUGGCCGCCAGUGGGCGACAUGGCCGCCAGUGGGCGGGGCAUUUUUCUCUAUAUGUAUAUAGUGGAAACAUGUGAACACAGUAGAAGUCACAUUUUUGGCCCAAUUUUCAUGAAAUUUGCUCAGAACAUUUGUUUCCUUGAUACGAGAGUUGAGUUAAAAAAUGGUUCCAGUCAGUUGAAUAACAUGGCUGCUGGGAGGGGGGAAGUUUUCUCAUUAUGCCCCCCCCCCCCCUUUCGAAGAAGAGGGGGUAUAUUGUUUUGCUCAUGUUGGUCCGUCCGUCCACCAGAUGGUUUCCGGAUGAUAACUCAAGAGCGCUUAUGCCAAGGAUCAUGAAACUUUAUAGGUACAUUGAUCAUGACUCGCAGAUGACCCCUAUUGAUUUUCAGGUCACUAGGUCAAAGGUCAAGGUAACGAUGACCCGAAAUAGUAAAAUGGUUUCCGGAUGAUAACUCAAGAACACUUAUGCCUAGGAUCAUGAAACUUCAUAGAUACAUUGAUCAUGACUCGCAGAUGACCCCUAUUGAUUUUCAGGUCACUAGGUCAAAGGUCAAGGUCGAUAUGACCAGCAAUAGUAAAAUGGUUUCCGGAUGAUUACUAAAGAACGCUUAGGCCUAGGAUCAUGAAACUUCAUAGGUACAUUGAUCAUGACUCGUAGAUGACCCCUAUUGAUUUUCAGGUCACUAGGUCAAAGGUCAAGAUCAUGGUGACCCGAAAUAGUAAAAUGGUUUCCAGAUGAUAACUCAAGAACGCUUAUGCCUAGGAUCAUGAAACUUCAUAGGUACAUUGAUCAUGACUCGAAGAUGACCCCUAUCGAUUUUGAGGUCACUAGGUCAAAGGUCAAGGUCACGGUGACCUGAAAUAGUAAAAUGGUUUCUGGAUGAUAACUCAAGAACGCUUAUGCCUAGGUUCAUGAAACUUCAUAGGUAUAUUGAUCAUGACUCGCAGAUGACCCCUAUUGAUUAUCAGAUCACUAGGUCAAAGGUCAAGGUCACAGUGCCAAAAAACGUAUUCACAUAAUGGCUGUCAAGGUCACGGUGACUCAACUUAAAAAAAUGGUUUCCGGAUGAUAACUCAAGAAUGCUUACGCCUAGGAUCAUGAAACUUCAUAGGUACAUUGAUCAUGACUCGCAGAUAAAAUGAUGAAACUUGACCAGGAUGUUUGUCUGGACAAUAUCUAGGUCAAGUUUGAAUUUGGUAAAGAUUGAAUGAACCGACUCCUCUCAGGUGAGCGAACUAGGGCCAUCUUGGCCCUCUUGUUUAUACAUUUUUUAAAACAUUGUCAUAAUGUAUUGUACCAAAAGGAAACUUGUUAGCCUGAUGUGUUAUUUCACAUGUUUGUAAAUUGUAAAAUUGUAGUGCAAUUUAUUUACAUUGACUAUAAGUGCAUUAUUCAAAGCUCCAGGUGUGAUGAUGUCUACAGGUUAAAGCAUUAACAGAAAGCAAAAAACACAUAGAAAACUUGUUCCGUCUUUUAUGUUAUGCAUUCAUAUGGAAUGGCUGAUUGUGCCUGGUAAUUGGGCAUUUGAAUCAAUUAAUAUUUAACCAAAGAACCUUUCAAGUAAAAAUGGAGGAUGUGUGAAAGUAAAAAAUGUUUUCGAUCUAUAAAUAUGUUUAUCGAAAACAAUCUUAUUUUGUUAUUGUUUAGAGAAUGUGAUAAUUGCUGAAUAAUUUUUUUUAUAUAUAUAUAUAUAAAACAAAAACAACAACAAUACAAACACCAAUAUUAUGCUAAAAUAAAAAUUAUUAGAUUUUAGUUAACUGACACUAUAUAUUAUAAAGAGUUUCAUGUAGGAUUAACAUUGUUAAAAUAUUGUCUGAAAUCGGUUUAUACUAUUUGCAAAUAUAAAUCAGGUUGUAUGUAUCACAAACACAUUUGACACACCUUGAUCUUGUUUAAGAAGAGAAAAUGACAUUCAAAUUUCUCAAGAAGCCUUUAAAGCUGAUGGAGAGCUUUUAAAAAUUUGAUUAAUAAAAAAUGAUAGGUAUAGAAGACUUUUUAGACAUAACUUGUAUAUCUAUUGAUACUUAAAGUGAUUGCCAUAAGACGAGAAUCUGAACUUUGUAAUGUUUUUAUUAUGCCCCUUCUGUGAUAAUUGCAGGAAGGAAUGUAGUUCUAACCCUGUAUGUUCAACAACAGCAAUAAUCAGUAUGCGAGUGCCAUAUUUUUGACAGGAUGGUUGAUUUUCCAUUGUCAGUAGUUAGUAACCUCAUUUUGAAUGUAUUCUGUUAUCAAAGAAACAGGUCUUGAUGUUUUACUUCCGUUGCUAUAAACUCAACGAAAUUGUUCAUGUCUAAUGUUGAACUUAAUCAGUAUUUGUAGUUUGAAGUUUAUGAGGUCCUUCUGAGCCUGAGGAUGUAUCAUGUGAGUUCCCUGAAUGUGUGCCAGCACUGCUUCAUAAUCACUAUUAAACAAGACAUUCCAAAGUUGGGGCGAAAUGCAAAAGCUGCAAUUAAGAGCUACUUGUUUUUUAUUUUUUACUGAAAGGCAUUCAAUGUUGGUGUGGUUUUGUAUUGUGGGGGAGUGGAACUAACCUGAGGUAACCUCCUGGUCCAGAAUGGUGACCAACAACGGAACUACUCAUAAGCGCAGGGAGUGUGGAUAAUCAAUUGAACCUUGGUGCCUAGGCAAGAACCACUGCCCCAACCAAACAGCCUUAAUGCUCUUAUCCACAUAUUCUGAGUCUGUCUGUAUACUGUAUUUGUUAUUAUUCUUAUUAAAUAAGGUGCUUUUGUCAUAUUUGUAUUCAAUCAGACUCAAAAAAUGGUCUUACAGAGAAACAUAUCUGGAAAAAAAGUUUAAUGCCAGUGUUUUUUGUAAAGAACAGACUUUCUUGAAACAAAAAAUAUCAUACAAGUGGACUGCAUAGGCUAAUCUGGGACGACACUUUAUGCACAUGACUUUUGUAUUCAACCCCUUUUUAACAGAGCACAGCCCAAUUUUGUUGAACUGUCUGUUAUACUGAUAAAUGAGGAUGACUAAUAUAAAAAAAAUGGCAACAUUAAUGCAUUGAUGUUAAACGUGUGGCAUAUUUGUCAAAUAUGUCAAAGGUUCAGAUAAAACAAUACAAAGAUGGAUGUAGUAAAGGUUUUAACUAUUUGUUAAAGUAAAGUUCUUAGUAUCUGUUAGUAUCUGUAGCUUUUCUCGAUGCUUUAUUUUCUAAUUAAAUAUGAUGUUAGCACUUUUGUUGAUCUUUUUACAUUCAUGUACUGUAUUGAAUAUUUCUCUCUUGUUUAAAACCUUAUUUUCACAUUUGUUUUUCAGUGUUGAUUAUUGAUGUUGAAUGGUUUUAACAACUGUUCGAAAAUUCUUCAUCAAAAGAUGUUAUUGUUGCAUAGAUUAUAUGAUCUAAAGAUCUCUGACUUGGUAGAGGUACAGAAUGGAUCAAAACAAUCUUGUAUGAAUGCUAUGAAUGAAGGAUGAAAUGUGCAGUAAUAACGACAUAGGUAACAUGUGAGAAAAACUUAGGAACUAGUAGCAACAUGAGAACUGGUUUAGAAAGUUACAGUAUCGAUAUAAGAAACCAAUCAGAAUAAAUCCAGUCUGAAAAGCAUUAAGAAGUGUAAGUUUUUCAUGUAUCGUCAGGAAUCUUGUUAGCUUUAUUUUGAAAGCCAUUUUAUAUCCAUUAAAAAAACACGUUUUUAACCAGGUUUUCCGAAGGAAAAAACUGGUUAUUAGAUUGGCGAAUGCGGGCGGGCUGGCUGGCUGGCUGGCUGGCGGGCUGGCUGGCUGGCUGGCUGGCUGGCGGAAUAAGCUUGUCCAGGCCAUAACUAUGUCGUUCAUUGUCAGAUUUUAAAAUCAUUUGGCACAUUUGUUCACCAUCAUUGGACGGUGUGUCGCGCGAAAUAAUUACGUCGAUAUCUCCAAGGUCAAGGUCACACUUUGAGUUCAAAGGUCAAAAAUGGCCAUAAAUGAGCUUGUCCGAGCCAUAACUAUGUCGUUCAUCGUCAGAUUUUAAAAUCAUUUGGCACAUUUGUUCACCAUCAUUGGACAGUGUGUCGCGCGAAAUAAUUACGUCGAUAUCUCCAAGGUCAAGGUCACACUUUGAGUUCAAAGGUCAAAAAUGGCCAUAAAUGAGCUUGUCCUGGCCAUAACUAUGUCAUUCAUUGUGAGAUUUUAAAAUCAUUUGGCACAUUUGUUCACCAUCAUGGGACGGUGUGUCCCACGAAAGAAUCACGUCAAUAUCUCCAAUGUCAAGGUCGCCACGACUAAAAAUAGAUUUAAAAAAAAAAAAAACUUACAAAGGGGGUUAAUUUUUUUUGGUCAUUUCAAAAGUUCAGUUUGAGUUUUCUCCCUUUAUCAGAUUUUUUUUUCACAAUGAAAACCUGGUUUUGUGACAAUUUUGUCCCUUGUUUAUUGAUAAAGUAUGUUGUUAUCAUGAAUUAAUUCAUUCCUACAACUUAUUAAGUCGCAGUAACAAAUUAUUCUGUUAGGAUAACAACAUAAAAUCUUCACAAUUCUGUACAACAGUAUUUAUUUAUCCACAUAUUUCUUGUGAUCUUAUACAAAUGUUUUUUUUGCAUGUUAAUUCGUGUAAAUUGUGUUACCGUAUUAGUUUUCUUUAUUAAAAGAGCUUUUUAUUAUUUG